AAGGAAAAUAGUUGAAACAGAGUUAAUGAACCUUGAAUAAAACACACCUGUGAGCGUGAGCAGGUGGUUGAGGCUGCAGGUGAGUCAGGUGAAGCAGCUCUAAGUCCUGCUAAGAGGAUCUGUCUGCACACACACACAGUAAGCUGAGCUUUGCGUGCUGAGGAUCAGUUGUGAGUCUGAUGUGGUCGAUGUGUUGAACAGAGGGAUGAUGGGAGCUGACCGCGACUCGUUUGAGACGAAUCCCCGAAGACACGACUGACCUCUGAACCCGAGCGACACAUUGAACAAGGUGUCAUGGACGCCGCGGAUCCGUCUCCUCUGCAGCAUUUCGUUGUGGCGAAGCGUUCGAUCACCUCUAUCUUUGAUCAGCUGCUGGACUUUGUGAAGGACGGUUCCGCCUUCGUGGACGAGGCGUGGCGGGGCGACGAGCUGGGUCAGGUGGCCGUCGAGGAGCAGAGUCUGGAGAUGCAGAGUUGUGCCACCAAACUGUCGACCAUCAGAGAAGUCCUGCUCAGGAGGCACAUGAAGGUGGCGUUCUUCGGCAGGACCAGUAACGGGAAGAGCACCGUGAUAAAUGCAAUGCUGAGAGACCGAGUGUUGCCCAGCGGCAUCGGUCACACCACCAACUGCUUCCUGAGAGUUGAAGGGACCGACGGAGACGAGGCUUACCUCACCACCGAGGCGACCAAUGAGAGGAGGAGCGUCACCACGGUGAACCAACUGGCACAUGCUCUCCACAUGGAUCCGACUCUGGACUCUGGCAGUCUGGUUAAAGUCUUCUGGCCUAAAAGCCGCUGCGCUCUGCUGAGAGACGACCUGGUGCUGAUGGACAGCCCUGGCACUGAUGUCACUCUGGAGUUGGACAGCUGGAUCGAUAAGUUCUGUCUGGACGCUGACGUUUUUGUUCUGGUGGGAAACGCUGAGUCGACGCUUAUGAACACCGAGAAACUGUUCUUCCACAAAGUCAGUGAGAGAAUCUCCAAACCGAAUAUCUUCAUCCUUCACAACAGAUGGGACGCUUCAGUGAGCGAACCUGAAUACAUUGAGGAGGUGAGGAAGCAGCACACGGACCGCUGUGUGAGUUUCCUGGCUGAGGAGCUGAAGGUAGUCGGGAUGGACGAGGCGCCCGGGAGAAUCUUCUUCGUCUCGGCCAAAGAGGUUUUGAGCUCCAGGAUGCAGCGAGCGCAGGGCAUGCCUGAGACAGGUGGCGCUCUGGCUGAAGGUUUCCAUGAGAGACUGAGAGAGUUCCAGAUGUUUGAGAGGACGUUUGAGGAGUUCAUCUCUCAGUCUGCAGUGAAGACGAAGUUUGAACAGCACACAGUGAGAGCGUGGCAGAUAACCGAGGCCAUCAAAGGUCUGAUGGACGCCAUCAACAUCGCCUCCGCCGACAGGAAGAUCUGCUGCCUGGAGGAGCGUGAGGACCAGAGGGACCGGCUGGACUUUGUUCGGGGACAAAUUAACCGUCUGACCAACAACGUCAGAGAGACGAUCAAGACUCUGGCGGAUGAGGUCGCUGCCAAGGUGGCGGCGGCGCUGUCCGAUCAGAUCUGUUCUCUUCCUAUUCUGGUGGACGAGUUCAGAGCCGAUUUCAACCCGACAAAAGAAACUCUGGAGCUCUACAAAACUAAGCUGCUGCAGCACGUGGAUGAGAGGAUGGUCGGCUGUUUGGCGCAUCGCUGCUCUGUCAGCGUCCUCAGAGACGUCAGAGACGCACAGAGACAGAUGAUCGAUAGCGUCCGUCCUCUGCUGUCUCUGUCCGUCCAGGAGCAGCUCUCUGCUCCCUCCUCAUCCUUCGAGUUGACCUAUGACCUCGGCCUUGCCACCCUCUGUGCAGAUUUCCAUGAAAACAUCAACUUCCAGUUUUCUCUGGGCUGGACCGCCCUCGUCACCCGCUUCAUCGGCACCACCAAGGCCAAGCGAGCACUGAGCAGCUCCGACCCACGACUGCAGGAAAGAUCCAGCUUUAAGGAGGAGAUGGUGGUUUCCAUAGCGACAGGUCUGGUCUCCGUCACCUCCCGGGCGUCGAUGACCGUGCUGGUGGUCGGGGGAGUG